AUGAUCCCCUUCCCCCUCCUCCUCGCCGGCGCCCUCGUCCUGCUCGUCGUCGGCGUCGCCGAUGCCCUGUCCGGGUACCAGAUAAGCUGCGGCGCGACGUCGGCCAAGGUCGCCGGGAACGUGACAUGGGUCCCCGACGGGGCGUUCAUCCACGUCGGCAAGGCCGCGGAGCUCACCGGCUCCCUGGGGGUGAUGCCCAUGCUCUCCUUGCUCCGGUACUUCCCGGCGUACGCGUCGUCGGCCGCCACGACGAAGUACUGCUACGUGGUCCCGGCGGCGAUGCACGCCAGGUACCUGGUCCGCACGACGUACUACUACGGCCGGUUCGACGGCGGCGGGGCGCCGCCGGUGUUCGACCAGAUCAUCGACGGCACGCGGUGGAGCGCCGUGGACACGGCGGGGGACUACGCCCGGGGCCUCGCCACGUACUACGAGGCCAUGGUGGAGGCGGCCGGGAAGGAGGUCAGCGUCUGCCUCGCCAGGAGCGCAGCCACCGCGCCCGGACGGAGCCCCUUCAUCAACGCGCUCGAGGUGGUGCCGCUGGAGGGAUCCGUGUACAGCGCCGUCAACUUCACCGCCUACGUGCUGAGCACCGUCGCGCGCCACAGCUUCGGCUACGACGGCUCCAUCAUUGGCUAUCCAGGUGACCGGUUCAACCGGUACUGGGAGCCGUACAGCGACGGGAGCAUCCCGGUGGUGGAGAGCCAGGCGAGCGUGGCGACGGAGGCGUUCUGGAACAAGCCUCCGGAGGCCGUGUUCCGGCGAGGCCUGACGGCGAGCCGAGGCAAGAGCCUGGACCUCCAGUGGCCGCCGGCGCCGCUCCCGGCCGCGACCUACUACCUAGCGCUCUACUUCCAGGACAACCGGGGGCCGAGCGCGCUCAGCUGGAGGGUAUUCGACGUCGCGGUCAACGGCCAGCCGUUCUUCACCGGCCUCAACGUCUCCACGGCGGGGUCCAUGGUGUACGGCGCCCAGUGGCCGCUGUCCGGGCAGACGAGGAUCACGCUGACGCCGGCGCCGGGGUCCCCCGUCGGGCCGUUGAUCAACGCGGCAGAGCUCAUGAUGGUCGUUCCGCUCGGAGGGAGGACGCAUCCCAGAGACGUAAUCGGCAUGCAGGAGCUGGCCAGAGGAUUCAUGAACCCGCCGUCGGACUGGAGAGGUGAUCCUUGCUUGCCCAAAGGGAACUCGUGGACUGGUGUCACCUGCAACCAAGAUCCACUCGCAAGAGUAACAGGGCUCAACCUCACAAAUUUCAGAGUUGGAGGAUCGAUAUCUGACAACAUUGCCAACCUGACUGCAAUUUCGAGCAUUUGGCUUGUUGGGAACAAUCUGGCCGGAUCGAUUCCAGAUUUGAGCCCCCUGCAUCAUCUAGUCUCUUUGCACCUGGAGGACAACGGACUGACAGGCCCGCUCCCUGAAUCGCUCGGAAACCUUACAAGACUUGAGGAACUGUCUGUGCAGAACAAUAACCUACAAGGAACAAUCCAAAGCAGCAUCAGGAACAGAGCGAUGGUAGACUUCCGGUUUAGGUUCCAGUACACACCUGGGAACAACCUUAGCUAA